GUGGUGUGUGCAUUGCCCAGUCUCUGAAGAUCCCCAGGGAGCCCAAGCCGGGGGAGUUUGACAAGCUCAUUCUGCGAUUGCUUGAGACCUCCAACGCCCGAGCCGUCAUCAUGUUCGCCAAUGAGGACGACAUUAGGCGUAUCCUGGACACGGCCAAACGCAACAACCAGACGGGUCACUUCCUUUGGGUUGGCUCAGACAGCUGGGGGUCCAAGAUCUCCCCUGUGGUCCAGCAGGAGAGAGUGGCAGAGGGGGCCAUCACCAUCCUCCCCAAGAGAGCCUCCGUGGAUGCCUUCGACCGCUACUUCCGGAGCCGCUCCCUCUCCAACAACCGAAGGAACGUGUGGUUCGCUGAAUUCUGGGAAGAAAACUUUGCGUGCAAGUUAGGGAUGCAUGGCAAGAGACCUGGGAGCCCCAAGAAAUGCACAG